AUGCGGAACAUCCAUGUUCGAGUAUUAAGGGUGUACCUGGAUCCUGAAUGCAGCAUGAAGCCUGAGUUCAGGCUCUCCAGGCAGUCCUUCACUAGUCUCCUCAGAAUACUCCAUCAAGAGCGAGACCAUGGCUGGGGCCAGCACCUGGAAUUCCUAAUGUUCACCUACUGGCUAGCACAUGGGUUGUCUUAUAAGGUCACUGCAGACGCCUUUGACAUCCCCAAAACCACGGUUUUCAGAGCUAUCCACAAAACAGCCAAAGCAACAAGAGAAGCCAGGAGCAGUCAUUCACUUCCCACCUACACACAGAUUGGAAGAAGUUGGCCAAGGCUUUGCCAGACUGGCAAGACAUCAGGCAUUCAACAAGGCUGUGGGGGCAAUUGA